AUUUGUCGGCCAUAUUGUGAGGGAAUUUGAUACAUCAACUGGGUUAGCAGGAGCUGGUUUUACUACCAAGAGGAUAUCGCAGACUCUCAGAAGCGCAUUUACCACAACUGGUGGCAACAUGUUUAGAAUAGGGAUAGGAGUGUGUUGGAUUUUUAUAGUUUAUGUCGGAAAUUCUCAAGGAAUCUCGGAGGCUAACCGUUUUGACCCACGCAUAAUCUCAAAAAAUGUUGAUGAGAGAGGGGCUCCGCUGUUUCACGGGGUGAUAGGAGAGAAUGAGAAGGUUGUGGUGCUGGAUGAACCCUUAACGGCCAAGGAUGACGAUGAAAUGGGCGAAGCAAAACUGAUCUGUGGCUACAAAAUUCACAAGAGAGAACAUAAUCGCAUUCCAUUUGUGAUUCGGGUGACAGACCGUGUGACUGGGUUGGCUACAAUCAAACUCAGCGCUAAGGCCAAAAACAUCAACUAUGAGAAGCGAAAAGAAUACAAGUUUUCCAUUUCGGCAUAUGACUGUCCAGAUGGAGCUAGGCGGUACUCAGAAAGAGCCUGGGUGAUUGUUAGGGUUACAGACAAGGAUGAAAGCAUACCAAAGUUUGACAAAGAUGCUUACAUCAUUGAGCUGGAGGAGAAGAGAAUGUAUGACAAUGUCCUGAAAGUCAGUGCCCUUGACUUAGAUCGCUCUCCAGAGUUUGGGGAAAUCUGUGACUACAAGAUCCUUACCCCCAAUGAACCAUUCUCCAUUGACAGUACAGGAACCAUCAAGACAACAAGGAAGCUGGAUUACUCUAAGCGCACCAAUCACAUCCUGGCAGUUGUGGCAGAGGACUGUGCCCACCGGCAGUCUGCACCUGUCAUGGUCAACAUCAAGGUGCUGAAGACGUGUGGCUGGCACGGGUUCCCCAGUCAUGUGGACUACCUGCCAGGCAGUGGCAGGAAGAAGCUGGCACCUAGCGCAGCCCUGAAGGUUUGUGGGAAGACUUGCAACAUCACCAAGGUGGCAGUGAGGAUCAUUUUAGAGACAAAGCACAUUGGGAAGGGCUGUGACAGGGAUACCUACUCUAUCAAGUCUCAGCGACACCUGUGCAGUGCUAGUGAGGGUAGCGUUGACCUCCUCCCUUCUCCAUCUGAUGCCACUUCAUGGACCAAGGACCUUCCCACAGACGACGGCCACAUGAGUGACCGCAUUUUUGGUUUUGAUGGGAAGAUCAACGCCGUGGAGGUACCCAUGGGGCAGUUCAACCACCAUUUGAAGGAACAUUUCACCAUGGCAACCUGGAUGAAGCAUGAACGUGGUGAUGAUGAUAAUCGCUCUCAUCAUCACCCUGCCAAGGAACAUAUUCUCUGUAUGUCAGAUGCUAAAGCUAUGAGCCGCCAUCACUAUUCCUGGUUUGUGCAUGGUGACAAGCUGGUACUUCUGAAGAGACGUGAGGCCAGUGAUGCAGACAACCUGGAAGACUUUAAGCCCGCAGAGUGGCGAUGGCACAUCCCCCAGCUCAACGACAACCAGUGGCAUCAUUACGCCAUCAGCAUGGGCAAGGACUCGGCCAAGAACAGGGAUGAGGCAAGUUUGUACAUUGAUGGGAAGAUGUUGAUUCCUGACGCUAACAACCCUGUGAUUGUGGAGGACUGGGCACUGCACCCGACGCACAAGGUCAACUCCACGCGCCUCAUGGUCGGGGCUUGCUGGCAAGGAGCUGAUCAGAAGCUGGACAUGUUUUUCCGGGGCUACCUGGCGGGGCUGUACAUCCUGAAUGGGAAGACGGAGAGUUAUCGCGUGAUCAAAUGUCUGACCAACUGUAAGGAGACGUUGGAAUUUCACUCCCUCCAGAAGAUGGACUCGGGAAUGACUGUGAGUUUUAACUCUGACAUGACGGAGGUUAGCAUCACUGCUCAGAGCUUGGCUGAGGUGGAGAAGAUUGUUAGAGAAGUGAGCUAUGUGAAUGCCCGUAGCUACCCGACCCCUGGGCGCCGUGCACUCAGGGUGGAGACAGGAGUGGUUGCUUUAGUCUUCUGGCGCAAUUACGCCAAAACACUGUGCCCCAAAGAUGGAGAGCCAACUGCUGCACCAUCAGUGGCUGAUGUGAACUCGUACGUCAUGGUUCUUUCAUCUGAGGAUCCAGUCAUCUCCCUGUCAGCCUAUGUCAACAGGGCUUGGUCAGUCGAGGAUCUGGCUAAAGGACAGAAAAUCUUCUCCACUGUGGAGCUGAAGGCUACCCUGGAACCAGAAGAGGACAUGGACAGCAAACUGGAGGAGUAUGAAACCAAGAAGCUGAAUGCAAAGUCGCUCUCUUCUGUUGAAAUGUUCUCUUUAGAGUCUACAAGUUACAAGUCUGAAGAUCCUUUUCUCCUGGACAAAUGUACAAUCCGUGCGGAUCCACCCAUGAACCUCAAGGUGGAGCGGCUGACCUUCCCCAAUAACCUGAUGGACAUGCUGAGUAUGACAGAGCAACAGAAGAUGGACAGCACAGAGACGAAUGAGGGCGUUGUAAUAACAGGCCUGAACAAGAUUGAGCACUAUGAGUUAGUUCUAAGAGAGAUCCACUAUUACCAUGAAGACGCUGACAAACUGUCAACGCGACAUUUCUACGUCAAAUGUUCCACACAGGAUGAUCGGUUCACAAGCAACGAACUCAAAAUGACGAUCUCUGCCAUCCAUGAGGAGAAGAUCGCCCCUGUACACGUCGCUCAUGCCAUGAAGGCUGAAUCCGUAGAAGUCGCCCGUGCCAGUGUGGCCCAUAACCCAGUCCACGCCCUAACAGCAGCGGCUGCACCCAGUAUGGGUAUGGUGGCCAUCAUUGUGGUCUGUGUUGGCUUUCUCUUGUUCAUGAUCAUCCUGGGUGUGAUAAGGAUUCGUGCUGCCCACAACCGUACCCGUGUGGUUACUGUGGAUGAGAGGCAGGAGGAGAUGGAGUGGGAUAACACUGCCCUCAAUAUCACGGUCAACCCGCUGGAGCAGGAAGUUCUCCUCCCUCAACAGAAUAUAGAGUAUGACAGAGAUGUGGAGGUGAUGCACAACCUGAGAGAUGAUGAGGACGACAGCGAUGAUGACGGAAGUAGUUUUCAUGAUGAUUUAGAAAGCUCUGAGGAAGAGGCAGAGAAAGUGAAAGAUCGUGAUUUAGAGUGGGAUGACUCCACACUGUCUUUUUAAGGUCACCAAUUAGUGGAGUGUGAAUCAAGUGCUUGGACGAGAUUGUUAAUUAUUCCAAUUUGCAUUUCGAGGGUAAGAAGCCCAGUUGGAACUUCACAAAGGAAUUGACCAACACAAUUUUUUUUUAAAUGCAUUUUUGAGAUGAGCGCCUGUUUAGUAGGGAACUUGAGUGCUGUAUGACUUGUGCUGAUCUUUUGCUUAAUCAACUGGGGACUGUAUCCAGUUGGGAUUUAAUGUUCAACCCAGACAACUGCUCCAGAACUCGUGGUAUGGACUGGUGGAAACAGUAGAAGGGAAGGCGCAAUAAAAAAUGGUUUUAGCUCAUUGGAACAUGGUCAGAGCGCUUGUCAUCCAUGUAGCACUAGCUCUACAUCACACAACCAUCAUCUGCUCUUUAGCCACACUGUCAUGUCAGGCUGACACAUGGCUGCUCUGUUCUUUGUGGUAUCUAGACCAGUUGAUGAGGAACUGACACUUUCACACACUGCUGGAGUUAGUCCUCCUGAGGGCUAGAACCUCACCAGUUGUAUCUAUAAACACCUAUAGACCCCUCUCUUCUUCAUGUAGCAAGGGUAUGGGGGGUCUUCAAUAGAUUCAUAAUGGUGUUACCCACGUUUAUUUACUUUUUAACAAUAAGAAUGCUGCCAAAGAGUGGCUGUUGAUUUGUGUGUUAAUGACUGUUUCUGUUGGGAUGGGGUGUGAAGGGUUGGGAUAGGGUGUUGUUUGGUUUCUAACAUUCCAUGGAUCUCUGGAAUGUCAGAUUGCCACCUAUACCUAUUACAUGUGAAAUUUACAUACUUAUAUACACAUAUACAUGGUUUAGUGAUGUUAGGGUGGAAAAUAUAUAUAUACAUAUAUGUACAUGUAUGGAAAAAUGCAGGUCAUUUAGCACAAGUUGUUGCAUUUGAUUAUCACUGAUAGUUGCAUCCUUGAGUGUUCGUAGUGAGGUUAGUCUUUAGGCAUACCUUUUUAACAGCAAUCACCCUAGCUGCUUUAAGAUUUGAGAACGUCAAUUUUAGACUUGUUUUGUUAAGGGGGACAAAACUCAUGCUGCACUAUAUGAUAUUGGGUUGGGGGUCCUGAUACUGAACUGUACAUUUUGACAGUUAUUUUAGACCAUUUGAUGUGUUGGCCAACAUUUAUUCCAUCAUUUUGUCUUGCAUUGUAAGUAUUUUGCCUUUCUAGAUAAAUGCCAUGAUGUCAGUUUUUCCAGUUGUGGUCUAUUAUGUCUAAUGUGUAUAUAGAUAUAUAUGUAUGGUUCUGUCUCCAAAUUUUACUGUGAAACUUACACGUCCCAAAAACACUGUCCUGUCGUGAAACACUCUUUCAGGAGUCCACUUUUUCCAGCCAGGUUUGAUCUCUCGUUUUUUUCUUUUAAAUUUGUUUUAACGUAUAAAAAAAACCAAAUACCAGCAGUUGAAAACUCCAUUUUAUGUACUCUGAACUGAAUCCAGUUUUCCUCUGCCCCAACCCUACCUUUGUUACACAUGUGGUACCAUCCUGGAAGAGGAGCUCAGUAACAGAUCCAGUCAUGACACAUGUCACACUUCUGAAUAUGUCACGUCUAGAUUGUCUGGAAUUCACCCAAGGGUGUGGAAGCUGGCGGUAGAGACACUUAUCACCAGAUGCUUCAAUCAAAAUCAUGAGACCAUAAAAAAUAUAAUAAAAAAACCAACCUCUGAUUUUGUGUUAAACUAUUUUUAGACAUUUUACCUGCUGGAAACAGUGAUGUAAUAUGUUUAGUGUAGGGCGAUUGCUGUUUAGCUUGGUGAGUGAUUUACUUUACAGACUACAUGAAGAUUGUAGGCCAGAGAAUGUUAGUGUCUGUGUAACUUUUCCAAAGAUGUUCAUGUAAGUUUCUUUGUCAAGUGUGGCUAGUUUUGUGUCCAAGUUAAUGGUACCUGUACUAAGAUGUACACAGUAUGUUAUCAUCUUGGUGAAAUGUUUCGGUCAUGUAAAUGUGAUUGUUGUAGUUCAAUUCUUAUCGUACAUUAAACUCUGAACAGUUCAGAGAUUCGGAUUUGACAACAAUUUUAAUUUCUAAUGUUUAUACCGCCCUCUUGUUUACAACCCUCAUCACCAGUUUAUCAUUAAUAAAUCCCCUGUAGGUUUUCUUUAACAUUUUGUUAAAGUUUAGGUGACUAAAUACUUUGAUUUCUUGGUUCGUCUAAUCUCCCUUCUUUCUAAGUUCAGAUCCCUCUUCAUUUAAAAUAAUUGUAUGACUUUUUUUUUUUUUUUUUUAAACCUUUUAUGUUUUCGGCAUUUAAGUUAUAAAGCAUUGUGAUUAUGACUUGGUUGAUUUGAUAACCUUUGUGACUACCAUUCAUUGUCAUAUGUUAGGCUUUCCUCAAACGAUGUAAAAAUUUCUUCUUUUAUAAACUGUAAAUUUAAAAGGGGAAUAUUUAGUUCAGUUUUGUUUUGUCUUCCUGUUAAUAAAACACCAUAAAUAUAA